ACAGUGGCGCUCAAAAUGAGCUAUCACGGAUGUAUACAAGGUAGCCAAUCAAAUCAGUGGAUACUUCAAAGCUGACAAUCUCUAAUCAUCCGCCAGAGAAGUGCAAGUUUGAUAGCACUAUAAAACGCCGUAGUAUUUCGCUUAGCUUACACUUGUAGGCUGGUUGUCUCAAAGACGACAGUAAGGAAGAGUUCCUUCAACGCGAACUGGAAAAAACCCUGUUGUGAGAUCGAGAGCAGAGAACUUUGGUUUGCUUAUGAUACAAACUUGAUACAGUUUGAUUGAUAGAUUCUGGAUUUAACAAAAACGAAGCCACGUAUAUACAGCAAACGAGAGCUAGCGCUUAUCUCAACCGUUUAUGCUAAGGCCUUUUCAACAUCCGAGAAUAAGCUAACUUUUUUCUUCCGAUGUUUGUUGAACAAAAUUGAUCCAUAAUUAGCAUAUAUCAUGACAAAAAAAUGAAAUUGAACAAAUUUAUUUGUAUGAUUUGACGUUAGAACUUGCUGCUAUUGUUUUCCGUGUUUGCUGCACUGGUUUAUUUUUAGUAGAAAAACGUGUUUUUUUUUCUUGAAGAGAUAUUGAUUCGAUCAAGAAAACAUACUAAGCUGACAGAAUAAUACAUCCAAUCGCAGUCAAAUCCGAUUCAAGUUGAAUGUGAUAAAGCUAUAUUUAAUUGCCUCACUGAACCUUCGGUUUUCUCACAAGACAUUUGAAAUGAGUUCAGACUCUGUAAACGCGACAACCGGCUUGGAUUCCUGUUCAGAGCGAACAAGUGGAUCAUUUGCAGUACAGACUGGGUUUUUGCUCAUAAUUCUCGUCAUCACACUUGUUGGGAACUUCACUGUUUGUAUAACUGUCUUCAUAUCUCAAAGUCUUCAUAGUUUUACCAACUACAUCGUGGCAUCUCUUGCUGUUAGUGACCUGAUGGUUGGAUCAUUAUCUUUACCGUUUCGCAUCCACCAGACGUUACACAACACGAAAUGGUGUCUUGGCGAAGGUGCUUGCCAGUUUUGGGUCUGUAUCGACUUAUUUUGCUGUUGCGCGUCUAUUGGUAAUCUUGCCUUGAUCUCCGUGGAUAGAUUUUUGGCCACCAUGUAUCCGCUAACCUACCAAGAUUUGCUGUCAAAGACAACCAAAAUCGCCAUGAUUUCAAUAGUAUGGCUAUAUUCAAUCAUUGUUGCCUCUAGUGGCCUUGUCAACUGGACAAUCCCAAACCAACCCGUGGUAUUCAUUGACGAUGGGUGCUUCAAGAAAGAUAAAUAUUUCUACACCUUUGCGUCUUGUCUCGGAUUUUUUUUGCCACUGACCAUCAUAAUCAUCGCCUAUUCGUACGUCUUCAAAGUUGCUAUCGGACAUUGGCGGGCUAUACGGCGUCUUACCGUCCCGGCAUUACCUGCUAUAGGACUGAACACCACGUCCAACCAACGCAUAGCCUUGACCCGCGAAAUCAAAGCAGCCAAAACCCUUGCAAUUGUAGUUGGUGCUUUUGUUGUUUGUUGGGCUCCAUUUUUCAUCAUACUUAUGGCUAAAUUCUGGUGUCUAACCUGUUUUCAGGACUAUGGAGACGCUACAAAACGAGGGCUUAUAAUGUUUGCCAACAUAACCUUUGUAUAUACACUUCCUAACAUUAACAGUACUCUAAACCCUUUUAUCUACGUUAUAUUCAGUAAGAAACUUCGACAAGCAUUUGUCAGGUUUUUUGAGGUGCUUUCGAGCAAAAUACGAGGCACGGGUGCCGUUAGGCCAAGAGAAAACUCAAGUGUUUCGGAGUUGGGGGUUCAAAAUGCCUUCUCGAGAAUGUAUGGUAAAUACGGAGAAACCCAAGAUACUAAACAAGCUGGAAAACAAAGGACGGGGGACCAAAGGCCCGGGGUAUCAGAGACUUAAUCAAAAACCAUUAAGUGAAAAAUGAGACAAUGUUUUAACGAACAGAUGGAAAAACAAAAUGUAUUUUUUGGUUGAUGAAACGUAAACAAUCGUGAAA